ACCCAUCCACGACUCUCUGAUGCCUUUAUAUUGCUCAAGUGUGGGCACCAAAAUCCCACACAUUCUUGGGGGAAGAAGGAGAUACACAGGCAACCAUGUAGAGAGUAAUUUCUCAUGCUUCUUUCUUGCUAGUAAAACCCUUAAAAAUUCCCACCACAUUGUUUCUGUAUCCAAGUUGAACCAAAAUUGGGUUUCCUCAAUAAUGGAAGAGCAGAAAAGUAUAGGUCUUUCCGCUUCAUUAGACUCAGACAAGUACUCCAAAGAAUUGGAUAUUGCUGUCAGGGCAGUUCAGAUGGCAUGCUCUCUUUGCCAGAAAGUUCAAGACGGUUUGAUUUCCAAGACCCAGAGUCAGGUUCAGUCCAAGACUGACAAUUCCCCUGUCACCAUUGCAGAUUGGGGAGUCCAGGCAACUGUCAGUUGGAUACUGUCUGAGGCCUUAGGGAGUAUAAAUGUAUCCAUUGUUGCUGAGGAAGACGUUCAAACUCUUUCUAAGGCUAAUUCAGCAGGCCUGUUAGAAGCUGUAGUUCGAACUGUGAAUGAGUGUCUCGCCGAAGCACCACGUUUUGGACUUAAAGGUCCAUCAUCAGUCCUUGGGACCUCAGAGGUUCUUGAGGCCAUCAGCCGCUGCAACUCAAAUGGGGGGCCAAAUGGAAGAUUUUGGGCUCUUGACCCUGUUGAUGGUACUUUGGGUUUUGUACGUGGAGACCAAUAUGCUGUUGCUUUAGCAUUAAUAGAAGAUGGAGAGCCUGUGAUUGGAGUUCUUGGUUGCCCUAAUUACCCACUGAGGAAGGAAUGGCUAAGCUACCAUCAUCGCUACCAUAGAAUUAUCUCUAAGUUAAUGCCACCAACAUCUGAGUCUUGGGACAAAGGUUGUGUGAUUUAUGCGAAGAAAGGUAGUGGAGAGGCUUGGAUGCAGCCUUUAUUGCAUAAAAGUGAAGUGCUGGUAUGGCCGAAUGCUGCAAGGCCUGUCCAAGUUUCCUCCAUUGAUAAUCCGGCUUUGGCAACCUUUUGUGAGCCCGUUGAGAAGGCAAAUUCAAGUCACUCCUUCACAGCAGGACUAGCUCACAGUGUUGGGGUUAGGAAGCAACCGUUACGGCUGUACAGCAUGGUGAAGUAUGCAGCCAUAGCCCGUGGGGACGCUGAAAUCUUUAUGAAGUUUGCUAGGUCUGGCUACAAGGAAAAAAUAUGGGAUCAUGCAGCUGGUGUUGUUAUCAUACAAGAAGCUGGCGGUGUAGUAACCGACGCUGGAGGGCGUCCACUAGACUUCUCGAAAGGUAUAUACAUAGAAGGUCUUGAUCGAGGUAUAAUUGCUUCUGCUGGAGCCAAAUUACAUGACAAGAUUAUCAAGGCUGUAGAUGCUAGCUGGGGUUCCUCUUGUUUAUAAGGUAUUUCCGUAUUUUGUUAUGAUGAAGUAAUAAUAAUACAACUACUGCAUCGCUACAUGCUCUUGAGAAAGUGGAUUUGUUUCUUUUUCAACAUUUGCUCAUAGGACAUGACGGGCAACGAGAAAUGGAGUUUAGUUGUAUAUUGCUUUCAGUCUUCUGUAAAUUGUUGAUUGGGCUUCUUAUUUACAUGGUCAUUAUCGUCCAGCUUCUUCUUCUCCUAAGAAUGUCUGGACACCAUAUACAUAUUUAGUGGCUGAAUAACUUUUUUACUGUGUUUAGGAUUCCCCUCUGCUCUUUCUCAUGUUGUAUAUCAAAAAUUCUAAUUAAAAUGUCAUAUUUGGAUUGCAUCGAA